UUUUAUUUUAUUAUUUCAGAAUGUCUCAGCGGUAGAUUUGGUCGCAAUUGCACAAAGUCCUGUCAUUGUUCCGAAACAUGUAACCACAUAAAUGGACUAUGUCCAGGAGUGUGUGAUGCAGGAUACACCGGGUACAACUGCCAAGAAGAAUGUGAAGUUGGUAGAUUUGGUAGGAAUUGUAGAGGGACAUGUCAUUGUAUCGACGAGGAAAGCUGCGACAGAAUAACUGGAAAAUGCUCAGAUGGAUGUUCUGCUGGAUAUACAGGCGACUUUUGUCAACAAAAAUGUGAAGUUGGUAGAUUUGGUAGCAAUUGUAGAAGAACAUGUCAUUGUAUCGACGACGAAAACUGCGACAGAAUAACUGGAAAAUGCUCAGAUGGAUGUUCUGCUGGAUAUACAGGCGACUUUUGUCAACAAAAAUGUCUCAGCGGUAGAUUUGGUCGCAAUUGCACAAAGAUUCAUCAUUGUUACGCAAGAUGUAACCACAUACAUGGAUUAUUUCCAGGAGUGUGUGAAGCAGGAUACACCGGGUACAACUGCCAAGAAGAAUGUGAAGUUGGUAGAUUUGGUAGAAAUUGUAGAGGGACAUGUCAUUGUAUCGACGACGAAAACUGCGACAGAAUAACUGGAAAAUGCUCAGAUGGAUGUUCUGCUGGAUAUACAGGCGACUUUUGUCAACAAAAAUGUCUCAGCGGUAGAUUUGGUCGCAAUUGCACAAAGUCCUGUCAUUGUUCAGAAACAUGUAACAACAUAAUUGGACUAUGUCCAGGAGUGUGUGAUGCAGGAUACACCGGGUACAACUGCCAAGAAGAAUGUGAAGUUAGUAGAUUUGGUAGGAAUUGUAGAGGGACAUGUCAUUGUAUCGACGACGAAAGCUGCGACAGAAUAACUGGAAAAUGCUCAGAUGGAUGUUCUGCUGGAUAUACAGGCGACUUUUGUCAACAAAAAUGUCUCAGCGGUAGAUUUGGUCGCAAUUGCACAAAGUCCUGUCAUUGUUCCGAAACAUGUAACCACAUAAAUGGACUAUGUCCAGGAGUGUGUGAUGAAGGAUACACCGGGUACAACUGCCAAGAAGAAUGUGAAGUUGGUAGAUUUGGUAGCAAUUGUAGAAGAACAUGUCAUUGUAUCGACGACGAAAACUGCGACAGAAUAACUGGAAAAUGCUCAGAUGGAUGUUCUGCUGGAUAUACAGGCGACUUUUGUCAUCAAAAAUGUCUCAGCGGCAGAUUUGGUCCCGAAUGUACAAAGUUCUGUCAUUGUUCCGAAACAUGUAACCACAUACAUGGAUUAUGUCCAGGAGUGUGUGAAGCAGGAUACACCGGGUACAACUGCCAAAAAGAAUGUGAAGCUGGUAGAUUUGGUAGCAAUUGUUGAGGGACAUGUCAUUGUAUCGACGACGAAAACUGCGACAGAAUAACUGGAAAAUGCUCAGAUGGAUGUUCUGCUGGAUAUACAGACGCCUUUUCUCAACAAACUAUGAUAUAAAUCUAUAAAAUAUUUCAUAAAAAUAUGUUUAAAUCUCUGCAUCUGAUUCUUACUUUAUCUUUCCGUUUAUUUCUUGAUGAGAACUAUACAGGUUUAUAACCAAUAUAUUUUCCAAACUUAGUUUCAUUAAAUACUUCGUGAAUCCA